AGAGUACAGACAACAUGGGUAUUAUUUUUCAAUUGGAAUUGCCAAUUGGUAUAUUUAUUUAAAAAGUGAAAUUUUUUAAAGCAGUUACCUACAAAUAAAAAAUGAGAUCAGAGUGAGAAGGAUAAAGGAUGUAUGAACGAAUACUCUUGGACAAUCGAUGCACACACACGGAAGGAGUAAAUUGAAGAUUGAUUGUCACGAGUUGCGUCUUUCAAAAGAGCAAAUGGCAUCCGACAUACCGGUGUACGGCUUCAAGGUGAAGCUCGACCAUGAAUACCCGGAGAAGUGGUCCCAGAAGAUACGACCAAAGUUGAAGCAGACCAUACAGAUGAUGCCUUUGGCGUGGAGGUACUUUUUUUACUACACCGGCGUUCGUCGUAACGGCCGCCCAUGUGUGAUGGAUUACCUGAACAUGCAACAGGGCCUGCAAAUUUACGGCGUACCGAUAGGUGGAUUAGGCGGUGGAACGAUAGGCCGCGGCUUCAGGGGUGAGUUUUGCCGGUACGCGCUUCUGCCGGGACUGUACAGCUACCACGUGAUACCCGGCAAUCAAUUCAUCGUGACUGUGAGGGACGCCAACGGGAACACGAUAUACAACCAGGUUCUGUCGACUAAAACAAAGCCGAAAACCCUAAAGUCGUGGAAAUGGGGCUUCGACGGCAAGAGCGCCUCGUACACGGGCCUGUACCCCCGCUCCUGGACGGUCUACGAGAUCGAGGAGGUGAAUUUGGUGCUCACCUGUCGUCAGAUCUCGCCAGUGCUGCCCCACGAUUACAGGGACAGUUCGCUGCCUUGCGCCGUCUUUGCCUGGGACGUGCUCAAUAAGUCGGAUCGUGACCUCAGGGUGGCCAUUACCUUUACCUUUCAAAGUGGCUGCGGAAGCAAGGAGGACCUCAAUGGUGACAAAUCGACGGAGCUUUUCGAGGUGGACGAAGUUGUCGGGGCGAUGAUACACCAGGAGUUCCGUGGCAUGGAUUGCACGUACGCGGUAAGUUCGAGGUCGGGACGAUCGGCGGAUGGUGUCCGCGUGACGCGACUCCUUGACUUUGAUCCCCGGGCCAAUGGCACUGAGGUCUGGCAGAAGCUGCAGGACAACGGACGACUCGACGACGGGAACACCGAACGCAGAAACUCUAGCAGCAAGACCAAGAAACCAAUAGCGACGGCAGUCUGCGCCGACAGCCUGGUAGAAGCCGGCUCCAGCGUGGUGCUCGAGUUCUGUUUGACCUGGGACAUGCCGAGGAUACAUUUCUACUACAAACGGAAGAGCUACUACAGGUAUUACAGCAAGUACUUUGUCGGGAAGGGCAACUCGUCGUCGGCCCCCGAAAUCUCUCGUUACGCGUUGUCUCAUUACGGGCGCUGGGAGGAGGAGAUCUCGCGCUGGCAGCGGCCCGUGCUCGAGGACCCCGAGCUCCCGGACUGGUACAAGAGCGCCUUGUUUAACGAGCUCUAUUUCGUCUCGGACGGUGGCAGCGUCUGGCUGAGGCCCGACGACCAGCUGGACAAAUUGCACCCGGACGACCCCAGCCCUUAUUUCAAUCGUCCUAUUUUGUACCAACUCCCAACAGGCGAAGAGCCGUUCAGUUUGAUAAACGCUUAUCCGAUCCACGACGUGUCGCAGUGGCGGGAUCUCAAUCCAAAGUUUAUUUUGAGCUGCUACAGAGUGUACUUUUUCAACAAAAAUCUCGACCAACUGAGGGACUUUUGGCCGACCGUCAAGGAGGUCCUGGAGCACUGCAUGGCCUUCGACGAGGACAACGACGGCCUCAUAGAAAACGGUGGCUUUCCCGACCAAACGUACGACUGUUGGGUGAUGCGCGGCUCGAGCGCUUACUGCGGUGGCCUGUGGAUCGCCGCGCUCCACUGCGCCGUGGUGAUGGCAGAGUUGCUGUCCGAGCGGGAGGACGCCUCGAGGUAUCGGGACAUCCUCGAACGGGGCAAGGCCGCCUUCCAGGAGAAGCUCUGGAACGGCAAAUAUUACAACUUUGAUUGCGGCAAGGACGACAGCAGAAAGAGCAUCAUGAGCGACCAACUCUGCGGACACUGGCUCUUGAGAGCCUGCGGCUUCACUUACGAGGUUUUUCCCGAAGAUAGGGUGAAAUCGUCGCUAGAGACGAUCUUUCGGAACAACGUGAUGAAGUACAAGGACGGCCAGCAGGGCGCAGUGAACGGGUUCUCGGCUUCGGGCACGAUAGAUUACACAUGCGUACAGAGCGAGGAAAUGUGGACCGGCGUGGCUUACGGGCUCGCAGCUCUACUCAUACACGAGGGAAUGGUCGAGGAAGCCUUUCGCACGGCCGAGGGCGUGUACCGGACGGUUUACGAGAAAAUCGGUAUGGGCUUCGAGACCCCGGAGGCGCUGUACGAGCACAAGGUUUAUCGAGCCAUUGGCUACAUGAGGCCCCUGUCGAUCUGGGCCAUGCACCACGCCUGGACCAUGAGGAAGAAGGAAGCCAACGAGUCGCCCGGUCGGCGGUCGUCCUUACCCCCGGGUGGCGAUUUGUCGGACAUCAAACUGGCUGUUUAGCAAUAAUAUCGUUUUUGAAAAUUAUUCCCUUGCACCUGUUCCCAUCGGGCGUGUGUACUGUUUUUUUUUUUUUUUUUUUCAUCUUCGAUCGCCGUGGCCUUACACUAACAGCAUACCUACUUUACGCUGAUGCAAAUAGUUUAUGUAGGGGGUUUUAUGGGUGUGCUUUCAAUUGAUGAUUUUUACGUUCGUUUGACGGGCUACACAUAUUAUUCGAGGAGUCAUCAUUUAGGUGUUUAUCGCGUGCUGGUCACGUAUUUUUUGUACUAGUGGUUGGGUUAUCCUUAUUACUAUACUCGACAGAUCCUAUAUUAUGUAAUCCUGUUUUGUGUGUUAGGCUCAUGAGUCACGAAUUGUGAGCCGAGAUAUUUAACUGAAAAAAAAAAAAAAUAUAUUGUUUGCUGCGGUAA